UACCCGGGGGGCCGGACCUGGCUCUGACACAUGUGGAUUAAGGGGAAAAACAUUUUUUUUACUGCCCUUUUCCAACUGUGAGCCCCAUUCCACUGAAAUCCUGUGCACGCCCCUGCUCAUCGUGACGAGUUGGGAGUGAGAAUUCCGACAGCAUUUGAACACAACUCGUGCUCCUCCUUUCCACACUGACGCGGCUGCGCAGUGCAGUGACCAGUGCAUUGCUGCAAAGUUUGUGUUCCCCUUCAUCGGGAUAAAGUGUCGUGGAUGCGCCUCGUUGAGAGCAGCGCGGUACAGAGGUUUCCCUGAGCUCGGGGAGCGUUAGAGCGGCUAUGGGCGUCCCGGGCUCCGGGCCCGUCGGAGGCGCUCCAGCUGAGGUCCGGGGUCUUUCUUCGCCCAAACUAAAAUGAGUUUCCGCUGUAAGACAGAAGGCCUAGCCUCCACCCAUAGAAAAAUUAACGCCGAAGAUGCCCCCCCACCCUAAAAGAUUCCUGUCUUAGCCUUUGAUUUAGCUUAAGCCUCACAAUGUCGGAUCAAAACUACUACUGGACCGUGCUGCCGAGCUACAAAACCAGCUUUGUGACUGGAGCCAUGAUGAAAAGAUCCAAAAGCAAGAACAAGAAGAAAAGAGGCCUGGUGGGAACGCCAUCACCAACGCUCUCACGGCCGCUUUCACCUCUCCCAACCACCAAAGCAGGGUGCAGUCCUUCGGAAAGCCCCAGAAAUGCAUCUACCAACACAUCUACCAACUCACAGUUUUCCCGCAGCAGAACAGAUGGCAGACGGUGGUCUAUUCCCUCAUCUGGAUACUGCACAAAUGCACACAGCUCAUCAGUGUCGAUUUCUUCUUCCCAGGAGCUUUUGCACCAGUUGCCUUUUCAACCCACUCAAGAUGAUCUCCACUUCCUCUUCAAGCGGUUUCGCAGCACAGAAAGCUUGCACGAUGAAGAAGCCGGCAGCGCCAUCCAUCCUCAUCGAUAUCGUUCUCGCAGUCUAAGUCCUGGAAGGAGCUGUGGAACUCUUGACAAUGAGGUGAUCAUGAUGAAUCAUGUCUACAAAGAACGCUUUCCAAAGGCCACGGCUCAGAUGGAGGGUCGUCUACUGGACGUCAUUUCAGAGUAUUGUCCUGACACCGCUCUACCCCUGGCUGAUGGGGUCUUAGGCUUCAUUCAGCACCAGCUGGUGGAGCUUGCUAGAGACUGUCUGGACAAGUCCAAGAGUGGUCUGGUCACCUCCAGCUACUUUGUGGAGCUACAGGAAAAACUGGAGAAGUUGCUGCAUGAGGCAUACGAGAGGUCAGAGAGCGAGGAAGUGACCAUCAUCAUUAAACUGGUCAGAAAGAUUCUCAUCAUCAUCUCCAGGCCUGCUAGACUGCUCGAGUGUCUGGAGUUCGAUCCCGAGGAGUUUUACCAGCGUUUGGAGGCAGCUGAAGGUCACGCAAAGGUAGACCAAGGCAUCAAAACGGAUAUUCCCAAAUACAUCGUCAGUCAGCUCGGUCUCAACAAAGAUCCAAUCGAAGAGAUGAUAAAUCUGGAACAAACCAGUCCAAGUCAGAGAGCAAGCAGAGAAGCUGAAGAUUCUGGGGAGGGGACACCUCUGCAGAGCAGAGCAGUCCACACGUCUACUCGUCGGAAACCCUUGGAAGGGGACUUUGAGACGAUAAAGCUGAUUAGCAACGGGGCCUAUGGAGCAGUUUAUCUGGUGCGACACAAGGAGACCCGCCAGCGAUUUGCUAUGAAGAAAAUCAACCGUCAAAACUUGAUUCUCAGGAACCAGAUCCAGCAGGUGUUUGUUGAACGGGACAUACUCACUUUUGCUGAGAACCCAUUUGUGGUUUCCAUGUUCUGCUCUUUUGAGACUCGCAGACACCUCUGCAUGGUCAUGGAAUAUGUGGAAGGUGGGGAUUGUGCCAGUCUGUUGAAGAACAUUGGCGCUUUGCCUGUAGAUGUGGCCAGGAUGUACUUUGCAGAAACUGUCCUGGCUUUAGAGUACCUUCACAACUAUGGCAUCGUGCACAGAGACCUCAAACCUGACAACUUGCUAAUCACUUCAAUGGGACACAUCAAGCUGACAGAUUUUGGACUGUCAAAGAUUGGUUUAAUGAACAUGACGACUAACUUGUAUGAGGGACAUAUAGAGAAAGACACCAGGGAAUUUAUUGACAAGCAGGUGUGUGGAACUCCAGAGUACAUUGCUCCAGAGGUAAUCUUGAGGCAGGGUUAUGGAAAACCGGUGGACUGGUGGGCCAUGGGUGUCAUCCUUUAUGAGUUUCUUGUUGGAUGUGUGCCGUUCUUUGGAGACACACCAGAGCAACUCUUUGGUCAAGUUGUUAAUGAUGAGAUCAUCUGGCCGGACGAGGAGGACGCUCUGCCAUCGGACGCUGAAGAUCUGAUAUCCAGACUGCUGAGGCAGAACCCUAUGGAUCGUUUAGGAACGGGUGGAGCCAACGAGGUGAAGAUGCACAUCUUUUUCUUGGGUUUAGACUGGAACAGCCUCUUGAGGCAGAAAGCAGAGUUUGUACCUCAACUAGAGUCAGAGGAGGACACCAGCUACUUUGACACACGGUCCGAGCGCUACCGUCACCUUGGCUCAGAUGAUGAGGAAACAAAUGAUGAUGAGUCUUCUGCAGAGCUGCGACAAUUCUCCUCUGUUGCUCAUCGUUUCAGCAAAGUUUACAGCAGCACCGAGCAUCUCUCCAGCUCCAUCCCAUCCAACCCCAGGCUGUUACUGUUGGACAGAAGCCACAGCGAGGAGAAGAAUGAGAGCUGGGAGAGCAGGGGCAUCCCGUCUCCUAGUGACGGUCUGAAACCUUUAGCUUUUGGGGACAAGAAUUUAGAUGGACACAGGAGAUGUCUUCGUCCUCGUGCUUCAUCCAGCUCCUCUCAGUCCGACCGUAGUGGAACUCUCAGCUUUGAUACCACUCCCCCGUCUGCUGCCUCUGCUGAGCAUUUGGAGGAAGAAAUGGUUUCCAACUUGAGCCGCAUUCGUCUCCGGAGCAACAGUACCGGCACAAGGCCAACUUUCCGGAGGGGAGCAUCCCGGCGCAUGGCACAGCAGCUCGAGAGCCCCGAAAAACCCAGAACCUCGUCUGGAAAAAUGCCCAAGUCUGCUUCAGUUUCAGGGUUAUCGCUAAUCAUUACUCCAGAUGACUCGACGUUUCCUCCUUCAAGCCCCAAAUCUUCGCUGUCUUCAAACCCCUCAUCCAGAGACUCGUCUCCCAGUCGGGACUUGUCCAUCAGCAUCAGCUGUCUCAGGCCUCCAGUAAUCAUUCACUGCUCUGGGCGGAGGCUGGGAUUCACGCUGCGCGCCAUCAGGGUCUACAUGGGUGACACCAACAUCUACACUGUUCAUCACAUGGUCUGUAGUGUUGAAGAUGGCAGUCCAGCUCAUGAGGCUGGAGUAAGAACUGGUGACCUCAUCACUCAUGUCAACGGGGAGUCGGUCCAAGGACUUCUACACACUGAGGUGGUGGAGCUCCUGCUCAAGAGUGGAAACAAGGUGACUCUACAAACAACAGCACUAGAGAACACUUCUAUCAAAGUGGGCCCAGCCCGAAAAGCGAGUUAUAAAGCCAAAAUGGCCAGACGCUGCAAAAAGAGCAAGAAAAAGGACGGACAAGACAGCAGGAGACGCAGCAUCCUGAAGAAACUGUCAAAGCAUCCAGCGACCCCGCCCAUGCACAGCAGUCCCAGCUGCUCUUCAGGAUUUCAGCAGUCAUCCAGCGAUAGCCUUUCUGGUUCCCCCACACAGAGCCUCUCUUCAGGGCCGUCUACACCAUCUUGCUCUCCUGCUCCUGACCACUCUGGGGAUUCCAGUUCCUCUCCAUGCUCAAGUUCCCCUAACUCUCCAGUGCCACAAACUCGUCCAAGCUCACUUCAUGUUUUGGGACGUUACACCAAAGCUGGACGUUGCAAGUCGACCAGCAGCAUCCCUCCUUCUCCGCUGGCUUGUGCCCCUGUUUCCCAGCCUCUGUCUCCACAGUGCUCUGCAUCCUCCCUGACAAGUCAUCCGAAAUCCCUGCAAGGCUUUCAUGGCAAAACAUUAUCCCCUCCCACUAUUGCCCGUCAUUCCGUACGCACCCACAGCGUCGAGCCACCACGCUCACCGCUGAUCAAGAGAGUUCAGUCAGCAGAGAAGCUGAUGGGAGAGAAGAAAGGUAGUUACCAUGGAGAUAAGAAGUCCUAUAGCUCACGCCUCUAUACCUUGGAGAUGCCUCUGCCUGAAGGUGAAGGACUGGAGGAGGAAGAUGGGGGCUCCACAACAAGUUUUGUGUGUAUCAAUGAACACAGUCAGAAGGGUUUGUAUCUCAGGGGGCAGAAGGACCAGCAGGAUGCAUCUGGUGGAGGCAGUGACCCUCACUGCUCCACGGCACCACCACCACACAGAGGAAGCAGCCAGCAUUCCAACAAGGUGGUGGCGAUGAGGAAGCUCGUCCGAUCGGAGCGCAGGGACUCUUUCAAGAAACAAGAGGCUGUGCAGGAAGUAAUCGUUGAUGAAUCGGAUGAAGGAGAGGCAUCCCCGUGCACAAACCCUCCUGUUUCCCAGUCAGGCGCAUCAAAGGUUCAACAGAUCAACUCGAUGAAGACAGAAUCCAGCGUGGAUCAGAGAGCAAAAGGAUCGCACUCACACCAGCGAGCAGGGUCAAAAAAAAAGUUUGGAAAUUCGUUCAGAUAAAUGAGACAAUAUCACCUGAAGGUGCUAACAUUUAAAAGAAAAGGUCAAAUUUAGCAGGUCAAGAACAAACAACGUAUUGUCUUCUUUUUCUCUUAUAUCACUGUGAUGCCUGUAACUGGCUUACUUUAGGAAUAUUUUUGUUUUUAAAGAAUCACAGUUAAAAUUUAGAUGUUUUUUUAAUCUGCAAUACUGUGGACAUUUAAAGCCAAGUUUGCUGCACAGAAGGGCAGACGUCAUUUUUUUAACUGUGUGUGUUUCAUAGACUGUCCCAAUUUAGCCUUGUACCAUGUGUACUGUAGAGUUUCAUAAUAGGUUUCUUGCUGCAUUCUCAAGUCUGUUAAGCAAGUUAGGUUUGUUGAUGCAAAAUAUUCAUUUCAUUUUUAUUGGAUUUUUCAGUACUAAAAUGGUGAAGUGCAAUUUAAAGCAUAGUUGUGUUGCCAAAGUGUGGCUGAUUUGAACUGUUUAAAAAAAAUCGUGUUGCAUUUGUGCCGCAUGUAACUUCCAUAACUCAACAUGCAGAUGUGAAAAUAAACUGAUCGUUGGUCUACUGAUA